UUGACCCGCCUGUCUACCCCGGCUCCACGAUGUCACCGGCGCCCGGUGUGUUGGCGCCGCUUGUGCUGCAGGGGGCGCUGCGAAGGCGACUGCGACAAGCCGUAACUCGGGCCGCCAUGGGGAAGUUCGGCCUCCAGCUUAAAGCGACGUUGGAACAUAUCAGCAAGUUACGGCCGGACGGGGAGGAUUUCCGUUGGUUCCUGAAGUUGAAAUGUCAGAAUUGUGGUGAAAUUUCCGACAAAUGGCAGUAUAUCACGUUAAUGCACAGCGUCCCACUCAAAGGUGGAAGAGGAAGUGCCAAUAUGAUACAAAAGUGCAAGUUGUGCUCCAGAGAGAACUCCAUUGAUAUUCUGAAGGACACUCUUAAGCCAUACAAUGCUGAAGACAGUGAAAAAUUUAAGACUAUCGUACAUUUUGAAUGUCGCGGGUUGGAGCCAGUUGACUUUCAACCACAGGCUGGAUUUGCUGCAGAAGGAGCAGAGUCUGGAACAAAAUUUGAUGAAAUUAAUCUACUGGAAAAGGACUGGAAUGAGUAUGACGAGAAAAUUCGAGAGUCAGUGGGAAUCUACGAAGUCACGCAUAAGUUUGUUAAAAUAUGAACACUCCAAAUGAUGUCACCCUUCUGCUUAAAUGGACAAACUCCCAGCCUCAGCAAAACAUCCUCAUUUUACUACGUGUUCUUAAUGUCUUGGCUCCUGUCAAAGUACACAGCUGAAAUUAGAGGUUUUAUCUUGGAAACUUUCUAUUAAAAAAAAAUGGCAGCCAAUUUGGGUGCAAGAUACUUUGUUACAUUGAAUUUUGACCAUAACAGUAAAAAAUUGGUACUCA